CUGGAGGCCUGAGAUUCUCUUUCCACCUACUAGUUGGAGAAGUUACCGUAACCUUACAGGAUGUGCAAAGCCUGUGGGGUUUGAGAGCAAACGGUCGUGUUUUCAUUGGCUGUGACUACCCUAACGGAUAUGAAGAUUGGCCCAGCAAGUGUCAAGAUCUUUUGGGAUGGAUACCUAACGUAGAAACAGAAAAGAAGCAGGGCGGUUUGUUAAUGACAUCUCUGAUCCACCAAGCGACGAUACCUUUGGGUGAUGGGUUGCAUGCUUAUGCAUACAUCCAAAGGGCACGUAUACAUGCCCUGAUCUUGUUAGGGGGACUUAUUAUAUCGGACACCACAGUGUGCAAGGUCCCCUUUAUGUGGUUAAAUGUCUUUGAAGAUCUGAAAGAAGUAUCUACUAUCAGUUGGGCUAUGGGCGUGGGAAAGAUGCCCACAUUGAUGUCAUUCUUUGUGAUAUCGCUUAUGCAUACGCCGUAUACCCCGUGUGGAGCCAAGUGGCACGGGGUUACUGAAAUAGGAAAUGCUCCCCGAUAUUCAGUUGUUCAUUAUCGUGAUCAAUUAUCACUGAUUCAUCUCGGCCAGUUUCUGUGGACACCGUAUGCAGAUUGUAUCUUGCCUGAUUACUGCAUUGAUUCGACUACUUCCUUCUUGUGCGACACUUACUUAGUGUGCUGGUCAUUUGUCGAGGUACACGAGGCUGACCGAUUUUGCCGAUAAUUUAACCGCUACCAUCGUAUUCCUGAGUACCGUGUUAAGAUGCUAAAGAAUAUCGGACAUUUGUGUAAAAGUCACCGCCGUGGGAUGAAGGGCACUGAUUGGGCAAAGAAACAUAAAUUCUUCAUUGAAGAGAGGGAUAUAAGCCACGACAGGUUCCAAUCAACUUUUGACCAUGCAACAACGACCAUGGAAGGUCGCAUUAAUCCGGGCUAUAUGGCGUGGUACAAUAGGAUCACAGUGUCGUACCUAACUCAACCUGGGACACAGUCAACUGCUGGUAUGAACGAGUCAGCCUCUUUUAUGAAAUUAAUGGUUGAGACCCUUCAGGGGAUAUGGUCCUCUGAACAUGACAACGAUCCUCGGUUACUGAAGAUUCGAGAAAUGGUUGUUGAGGCCCUUCGUGCGACGAACUAUAUUGAUGUGAUGGAGUAUCCAACUUCGCAAUGGCGAGAUGUGGUCAUGCCGCCACGCCUACCAACUUCUUUUUCGUCAUGGACUGACGGGUGUUCGGAUGUGUCCACAGGUAUGCACGACGGCAUAGGUUGUCGCAGUCGCAACAAUCGUAGCAUGUGUAUGAUGUACCAGAGCCACUGAAUCCAGAGUACGAUCCCCCUAGUUGGUCUGUCUACUUAAGGUCACAGUCUCAGUUCAGUGGUGCAAGCCACGAGCACUCACAAUGGGGAGCAUGAGUAUCAUGUGAUUCUUUCUUUGGCGGUAGAUCUGAUUGGAAUGCAGCUCUAGCACGAUGUGAUCCAUAUUUCCUGAAUUAUCAAUUUGUGGCUCAUGUGGAAGAAGAAGAGGGUCAGGAAGGAGAAGGUGGGGAAGAAGGGGGCGGGGAAGAAGAUGAAGUAAUAUCUCGACCACCCACCGAGGGAUCGUCACGACCAACUGUGAAGAGUUCAUUAAGUAAGAUUGGGAAGGUUAUGCACAAUGUAUUCAAAAGAUUUUCAACAAGGAAAAACAAAGGGAAAGCUCCAACAAAAUUCACGGGUUCGGGGAAAUAGGUCUUUGAUAGGGGUUGGCAUCAUAUGUUAUCUUUCAUUGUGAACUUAUACGCUGUAAUGGUCUUUGGUGAACUUAUUUUUCUAAAUAUGUUGGUAUUUGUUUA